GCACAUACUCGCUGUCUGUGAAAUGAUUAGCCGUUGUCACAUUUAGCGGCGUUUUUCUGAGUAAUGACCAUGCUGGGUAUGUAUGUGCCAGACAGGUUCGCUCUCAAGUCCUCUAAGGUCCAAGACGGAAUCGGGCUUUACACCGCAAGACGAGUGAAAAAGGGGGAAAAGUUCGGUCCGUUCGCAGGAGAGAAGAAGAUGGUGAGCGAACUGGACGACAGCAUGGACCCCCGGCUAAUGUGGGAGGUUCGAGGGAAUAAGGGGGAUGUCCUCUACGUUCUGGAUGCCAGUAACCCCCGCCAUGCCAACUGGCUGCGUUUCGUUCACCAGGCGCCAUCUCAGGAGCAGAAAAACCUGGCGGCCAUUCAGGAUGGAGAGAAUAUCUUCUACUUGGCUGUGGAGGACAUUGAGACAGACACGGAGCUCUUGAUUGGCUACCUGGACAGCGACAUGGAGGAAGAGGAGGAGGAGGAAGAAGAGGAAGUCAUCAAAGACGAAGAUGAAAACAGCAAAGAGGCCAAGCAUCUCACUGAGACAGACCUGGUGAUUAAGAAGGAGGACCACCCAUGCCUGCUGUGUGAGAACAACUUUCCCAGCGAGGAGGUGCUGGCUGCCCACCUGCAGAGCCUGCACCAGCGGCCCAGCAGCGACGACAAGGAGUUCAGGUGCCGGAGCUGUGGAAAGAGGUUCCCUGUCCGGCAGGCCCUGCAGCGCCACUUUGAGCAGCAUAAGGAGGCGUGCCGUGGAGACGCCAGGUUUAUCUGCAAGGCAGAAAGUUGUGGGAAGCGCUUCAAGAGCAAAGAUGCCCUGAAGAAGCACAGAGGAAAUGUCCACACAGGAAGUGCCCGCAGGAAACUGAUGUGCUCCAUCUGCAAUAAGAAGUGCUCAUCAUCGGCCAACCUGCAGGAACACCGAAAGGUCCAUGAGGUAUUUGACUGCCCCGCCUGUGACAAGAAGUUCAUCUCCACCAAUCAGCUCAAGCGUCACAUGAUCACUCAUUCAGAGAAACGGCCCUACACCUGUGAAAUCUGCAGCCGGUCCUUCAAGCGGCUGGACCAAGUGACCGCACAUAAGAUCAUCCACAGCGAGGACAAGCCCUACAAGUGCAAGCUGUGUGGGAAGGAGUUCGCCCACAGGAAUGUCUACAAGAACCACAAAAAGACCCACUCUGAGGAGCGGCCGUUCCAGUGUGAGGAAUGCAAAGCCCUGUUCCGCACGCCCUUCUCCCUACAGAGACACCUGCUGAUACACAACAGUGAGAGGACUUUUAAAUGUGACCAGUGUGACGCCACCUUCAAAAGGAAGGACACGCUCAACGUCCACAUCCAGGUGGUGCAUGACGGACACAAGAAGUACAAGUGUGACCUCUGUGAGAAGGCCUUCGUCACUCCGUCUGUGCUAAAGAGCCACAAAAAGACUCACACUGGUGAGAAGGAGAAGAUUUGCCCGUACUGCGGCCAGAAGUUUGCCAGCAACGGCACCCUCAGAGUGCACAUACGCAGCCACACAGGUGAGCGCCCAUACCAGUGCCCUUACUGUGACAAAGCAUUUAGCAAGAAUGAUGGACUGAAGAUGCACAUCCGAACACACACACGGGUCUGCGAUCUGUCCUUCAGCUUGAAGAAGAUGUUGAUACGGCACAAGCUGACCCACAACCCGAACCGUCCCAUGGCCGAGUGUCAGCUGUGUCACAAGAAGUUCACGCGCAACGACUACCUCAAAGUGCACAUGGAGAACGUCCACGGAGAGACAGAUGCGUAGGCUAGGCCGUUACUGAUCUGGGAUCAUUCCAAACCAGGGUCUCGC